AUGUAUUAUCUACGGAUAUUGUUGAACCAUAUAAGGGGUCCUCUAUCUUUUGGCCAUCUCAAAACAAUUAAUGGUGUUAUUACUCCAACAUUCCGUGAAGCAGCUACAUUGCAUGGAUUAUUAGAGUCAGAUACAUCUUUAGAAGAUUGUUUAUGUGAAGCAUCGCUGUAUCAAAUGCCAUAUAGUUUGAGAAGACUAUUUGCUACAAUCUUAGUUUAUUGUAAUCCUACAAAUCCAAGAGAACCGUGGGAGCAUUUUGAAGAAAGCAUGUCAGCUGACUUUAAAAGAGUUGGGAACAAUUCUGCGAAUAUUAGAAAAGAAGUUUUGCGGCAUAUUUCUUCUACACUUGAAUCAAUGGGAAAAGACGUCAAUAUGUUUCAUUUUUUAAAUCAUGAUAUUUCUUUUGAUGAAGAUGAACAUCAAUCUAGAGAGAUUAAUGAUGAAUCAAUAAUCAUGAUUUCAGAAGAAGAUCUUAUAGCAUCAACAAUUCUCAACGAUGAACAACGAUAUGCUUAUGAUUCAAUUUUACAAAAGGUUUUCUCAAAUCAGGCAGGCUCUUUCUUUAUUGAUGGUCCUGGUGGAACAGGAAAAACAUUUAUAUAUAAAGCACUUCUUGCUACAUUAAGGUCUAAACAGUUUAUAGCGCUUGCAACUGCAUCAUCUGGUGUUGCCGCGUCUAUUUUACCUGGAGGUCGAACAACAUAUUCACGAUUCAAGAUUCCAUUGAAUUUUGACAAAAACAAUAUUUGUAAUGUUAGCAAACAAAGUGGACUUGCAAGAUUGUUACGUGUUACAAAAUUAAUCAUAUGGGAUGAAGUCCCUAUGUCAAAAAAACAAUCUAUUGAAGCAUUAGACAUAAUGCUCCGAGACAUCAAUGAUUCUGAAUUAUUAUUUGGUGGCAAAGUCGUUGUUUUUUGUGGAGAUUUUCGACAAAUUUUACCUGUUGUUCGUAAAAGUACAAGACAAGAACAAAUUGAUGCAAGCUUACUCUCCUCUUACAUAUGGCCUGCUCUGACAAAGAUUUCAUUGACUCAGAACAUGCGAGCAAGAUUAGAUACAAAAUUUUCAGAUUAUUUGCUUCAACUAGACAAUGGAAUAUCUCCAAUUACAAUUGAAGAAGAGACGCGAAUUCUUGAUGACAUGCUUAUCAGUUAUGAAAAUGAUUCUAAUUCUUUGCAAAAAUUGAUAGAUAUUAUUUUUUGUAAUAUUCAUGAUUACUCAGAAAAUUUAUCUGAAAUAUUGAAUCGUGUUAUAUUGACUCCAAAAAAUACCUCUGUUGAUGAAAUAAAUGUCACACUUAUACAAAUGUUUCCAGGCGAACUAAAACAAUACUAUAGUUUUGAUGAACCAAUUGAUACAUCUGAACAGAGCGUUAUGAAAGAUUUUUUGAAUACUUUGACACCAAAUGGGGUUCCACCUCAUGAAUUACUGCUUAAAAAAAAUUGUCCAAUCAUGUUGCUUAAAAACAUUAAUCUUUCAGAAGGCUUAUGCAAUGAAACACGUCUGAUAUGUUGCAAUUUUGAAAGUAACGUCAUUGAUGCAGAAAUUGCAGUUGGUCACCAUAGUAGUAAAAGAGUUUUUAUACCAAGAAUCUCAUUCUUGCCAAAUGGUGAUGAAAACAAUGGUUUCUCAUUUAAGAGAACUGAAUUUCCUAUUAGAUUAAGUUUCGCGAAGACAAUCAACAAAGCACAAGGUCAAACAUUAGAUUUCAUAGGGAUAUAUCUGCCACAUCCCGUGUUCUCUCAUGGACAACUAUAUGUAGCAUUAUCAAGAGCCAAGACAGCUUCUUCAGUAAAAAUUCUGAUAAGGCCAACAUCAAUCGAUAGAUCUCAACAGAAUCGCACAAAAAAUAUUGUGUAUAGAGAAUUACUAAGUUUGGCAUUUUCAUCUUAG